AUGAGUGAACAAACUGCUGUUGUACUAGUUAAAAAGGAACAUCUAGAAUUUCAAAAGCGUACCAUUCCAGAGGUUCAAGACCCUCAUUACGUUAAGGUACGUGUAAUGGCUACAGGAAUAUGUGGUUCCGACAUUCAUUUCUAUAAGGAGGGAGCAAUUGGCCCAUUUAUUGUUAAAUCUCCUAUGAUCAUGGGUCACGAAUCUAGUGGGGUUGUUGUUGAGGUGGGGGAUGCAGUCACAAUGGUUCAAAUAGGUGACCAUGUUGCCAUUGAGCCAGGUGUGCCUAGCCGUUACUCAGAGGAGACAAAGGCAGGCCAUUACAAUUUAUGCCCACAUAUGAGGUUUGCUGCUACACCCCCUGUGGAUGGAACGUUAGUGGAAUAUUACGUUUCUCCAGAGGAUUUCGUUCACAAGGUCCCAAAAUCUCUAGCCUUUGAAGAAGUUGCAUUAAUGGAGCCAUUAUCUGUAGCUGUACAUGCCAAUAAAUUGGCUGGAACCAAGUUUAAUGAUACAGUGAUAAUUAUGGGGGCCGGACCAAUUGGGUUAGUAUGUGGUCAAGUUGCUAAAAGUUUUGGUGCAACUACUAUAUUAUAUGUGGAUGUCAAUGAUUUCAAGUUGGAUGUAGCUCAGAAGUCGUUUGGGGCAACACAUAUUUUAAACAGCAAGAAAUUAAAAAGUGAUGUUCCUGUAGAGGUCGCCAUCAAAAAGUUAUUGGGAAAUACUAAAAUAGAUACUGUAUUAGAGUGUACGGGUGCUGCUCCUUGUGUAGAUGCUGGCCUAAAGGCUCUCUCAGGAGGUGGAACUUUUAUUGUGGUUGGUAUGGGUGCUAAUAGUAUUCCUGUACCAAUGAAUUUAAUCUCAAUGGGAGAGCUAACUAUCAAAGGCUGUUUCAGGUAUUGUCAAGGGGAUUACAAAGACGCUAUUGGCCUAGUUAGUCAAGGAAAGGUAAACCUGAAAGAACUUAUUUCUGCUAAGUAUAAGUUUUCAGAUGCAAUCAAGGCAUAUGAAGCUCAAUUAGACCCUUCUGUCGAGAAGAGAAUAAAGACCAUUAUACUUGGACCAGAGUAA